GCUGGUUUUACCCGUCACUGGCUAAGAGCAGUGACAGCUGAAUAUCAAGCCCUCCUCCGCUCCACGCCGAUUACAAUCGCCAAAAUGUUUGAGGAAGCGAGUGAAGUGUUUGAUAAUAUGUUUAAAUCGUCGUUUCCCCUCACCUUUAUUGUAUUUAUCCCCGCGGUGUUGAUCUUGGUUUCCCCCCUCCCAGCCGAGGCGGCUCAUGAGUUCACCGUGUACCGCAUGCAGCAGUACGACCUCCAGGGACAGGCGUACGGGACCAGGAACUCCAUUCUGAACACGGAGGCGCGUACGGUGGAGGCGGAGGUACUAAGUCGUCGCUGUGUCAUCAUGCGUUUGGCAGAUUUCUCUUACGACAAGUACCAGAAAGCCCUCCGCCAGUCGGCUGGGGCUGUGGUCAUUAUCCUGCCCAAAAACAUGUCUGCCAUGCCGCAAGACAUAGUGCAGCAGUUCAUGGAGCUGGAGCCAGAGAUGCUAGCCACUGAGACCAUCGUCCCGGUCUACUUUGCAGAGGAGGACAAUGAGCUGCUGUCUAUCUACACCCAAACCCUCACAUCCUCAUCCUCUCAGGGCUCCUUAUCUGCAGCUGAAGUGCUGCUGCACACAGCCACAGCAAAUGGUUUCCAAAUGGUGACCAGCGGGGCUCAGAGCAAAGCUAUCAGUGACUGGGCUAUCACCAGUUUGGAGGGCCGCCUGACUGGAGUUGGAGGGGAGGACCUGCCCACUAUCGUGGUGGUGGCUCAUUAUGAUACUUUUGGUGUUGCUCCAUGGCUGUCGUAUGGCGCAGACUCAAACGGUAGCGGGGUGUCCAUGUUAUUAGAGCUGGCUCGGCUCUUUUCCAAACUUUAUACCUACAAGAGGACGCAUGCUGCGUACAACCUGCUGUUCUUUGUGUCUGGUGGUGGGAAGUUUAACUACCAGGGAACUAAGCGCUGGCUGGAGGACAACUUGGACCACACAGAUUCCAGUUUGCUGCAGGACAAUGUAGCCUUUGUGUUGUGCCUGGACACUCUUGGGAAUGGAGACUCUCUCUACCUUCAUGUGUCUAAACCACCAAAAGAGGGAACUCCUCAGUAUUCUCUACUUAAAGAACUGGAGACUGUGGUUUCAAGUCAGUACCCUGAGGUAAAGUUCUCCAUGGUUCACAAGAAGAUCAACCUAGCUGAGGACAUGCUGGCCUGGGAGCACGAGCGCUUCGGGAUCCGCCGGUUGCCGGCCUUCACUCUCUCCCACCUGCCGUCGCAUCGCUCGGCUCAGCGUUCCAGCAUCAUGGACGUGCGGUCAGUGUCCCCCUCCUCUCGCCAUGGAGCGGGAGAGCCCCCUGCUGGACCUCAUGUGGAUGUCAGCAAGCUCAGCAGGAACACCAAGGUGGUAGCUGAGGCUCUGGCGAGGGUCAUCUACAACCUAACAGAAAAAGGAGCUCCUGGAGACCUCCAGAUUUUCACAGAACAAAUGCAGGUGCAGGAGGAGCAUCUGUCAGCUGUAGUUGACUGGCUCACAGCACAGCCUCGAGCUGCUCAGCUGGUGGACAAAGACAGCAACGUUGUCUCCACGCUGGAAUAUCACCUCAGCCAUUAUCUCAAAGAUGUGAAAAGACACUACGUCAAAGCUGACAAAAGGGAUCCAGAGUUUGUUUUCUACGAUCAGCUGAAGCAGACUAUGAAUGCUUACAGAGUGAAGCCAGCUAUUUUUGACCUGCUGCUGGCUCUCUGCAUUGCAGCCUACCUAGGAAUGAUGUAUCUGGCUAUCCAGAACUUUGGACUUCUUUACAGCUUUGUCCGGAGAAUAACUUUGCCCAAAGCAAAGGUCCACUGAGGCUCCCUGUCCUCCAGUCCUCACUGUACCUCCUUUCACAAAUCCAGACACUCUAGCCAGUAAGAACGCAGAAGCUGGACCGAGCUGCUGUUCUGAUCAGGACCAGAAACGUCACUUCCAUUUCCUUCCCCGGAUGCACAAACUAUGAUGUCAGAUCCUGUCUUGCUGCCAACUUUUUCUGGUCUCACAGACCACGAUAUUCAGGAGUCGUGAUUUGUGAUGUUUGUUUCUCCGUGUUGAUCCUUUUUUUUUUUAUUUCCUUACCUCUCAGUACUCUGUGAGCCUGACUGAUGUGUCCUUUUAGGCAGCUAGAAACUGAUCAGUUGAGGCUUGAAUUUGUUUUGGCAAGAAAUGAGAUUACAGGAAAGAUGCAACAUUUUCUAGCUUCUUUCAACGCUGAUCUCACAUACAUUUGAGAUGUACUACAAAAUUCAUAGCAUUGAUUCUUCUUUUUUGCUACUAAUGGUCCCUAAAACAUAUGAAAUUUGUAUGAGAGGGUCAAUUUCCAAGCAUGUAAUGUUUCUGCCCUUUUAUAGUUUUUGUGCCAAUUUAACCUGCAUCUCUAAGUGGUGACAGUCUGUCACUUUCAUUUUAACCCUAGAUUUCUAACUAACAUUUUGCUAGAACUCAAGUAUGAACAACAGGAAUGAUCAAUAUAACAAUAAAUAAAAUACAUUCAAAAAUGUUUUGAGCAUGUGAAUGUUAAGGCUUUAACAAAUACUCCUCAGAAGUACUGUUUACAGAGAAGACUGUAAAAUGUGAAUUUUUUUUUUCUUGAUGAUUUGUGAAAGGCUCCCCAAAUAAACUAAUUGUGUGUUUCUCUUUUUCCUUUCUGCCAUAAAUCACUUAUUAACUUUG